AUACGAAAGCAAAACCCUUCCAGUGCGAUUACUGCGGUACAACGUUUGCUCGCAUCGAUAGCUGUCAACGCCACAUGAAAGUCUUGCAUCCAGAGGCCCGCGAGAACUUGAAAAGACCACGCUCAACAGUCGCGUGCGACUCUUGUUGCGCAAAUAAAGUCAAAUGCGAUGUUGACCGUCCUCCCUGUCGGCGGUGCACGAUCAAGAGGAUUUCAUGCACAUUUGACCGUCCUUUACAGCGAGUAAAGCCGAGCCUGUCGACUACCAAGACUGGCACAGAACCGGCCGCGGCAGGAAAUAUCCUCUCAUCGUUUGACUCCAGGACGACACCACACGUGCAUGCCGAGAUAGGUGGUACGGAUGAAGUAAUGACACCUUCACACUCUUCGAAUGUCCGCUUCAUCGACAGUCCAGAAGUGAAUCAGAUCGCGGAUUCGUACUGUCCGACGCUCCCUCCCUUCGACGGUACGAUCGAGCCUCUUGCUGCACAUUCCUCCGCAGGCAACAUUGCAGGUGGAAUUGAAUUGCCGCAAGAGGAUGGUCCCUUCUCUUCUUUCAGCGGAAACUUGUUCGCCUGGCAGGAUGAAGGGGUCGAACCUUCGUAUCAGGACGUCAUCUUUCCAAGCAUUUUCGAGGUUUCUGAGAAUGUAGCAGCCGACUACAACUUUGACUUAUUUACCGAAGAUUUACUGCGUUUACAUGCUUCCGAAAGUCUUCCCGGUACCUUCGCAUCCGAUCUGAUGUCUUUCAACGGUACAGGAAUGGCUACUUCGCCCCUGCGUCUCGAUUACAGUUAUGGCAAUGCGCUUCAAGAAAAUCAGAAUAUGGAACUAGAAGCGGCAAAUGUUGCAGCAGAGCGACUCAAGGAGUCCACAAACGCUACCUUCGUCUCUCGGCCCCAGUCACCCGGGGUCUUGACUGAACAGUCUCAGUGGAUGAAAAGUUUGGUGGCUCAAGGUCGGCCCAGCUUUGACAGAGACGUUAUCAAUGCAUUCCUAGCAUUGUUUGAGGAUAAUAUCUCUGCCUUCUUUCCCGGGUCUGGCCAGACAAAAUUUACCAGAGAAUCUCCUCGACAUAUCUAUCUGGCUAUGGCAGGCGUUGGUGGGUGUUUUUGCAGCAUCGAAGGUUCAACCCAGGUCGCGAAGUGGUUCUACUACAACGCGCGUCGAGAGCUAUUCACUGAUGUAUACCACUCGAGACGCAGAACAUUCGACGAGAAGCUCUGUGUCAUCCAAACCUUCUGCUUAUUGGAACUCUUUGGGUAUCUCUGUGGCGACCAAAGAGCCUACGAGUUGACCGAGGUUUGGCAUCUCGAGAUGUUACAGAUCGCACGACAAUUUGGACUUUGGACAUCAGCGAAAUCCGAUUCAGAAGAACGGCAAAGCGGAAUCAUCCAUAUCUUGUAUACACUGGAGUGCUAUCGAACAAUUAUACUUCAACGGCCAGCCAUGUUCUAUGCACCAACCGCACAACCUGCCCCUUCCAGUUUCCCAUUCAGUUCCAGCUGGUGGUUAGGGCCGAAGGAGGAAUCUUUGGAGACAACUCUUCAAUCAAUUGCGUCCCACGGAACAUCAACGAAGAGGAUAAAGAGCAGCAGCAUGAGUUUCCUCAGUCUUUGCGCUAUCUCGCUCUCAGCAUCACAAUCGACGUGCAUUGGGAAUCUUGAGCCGAGUCAAUCCUCGGAACAAGACAUCAGUAAAAAGGGGGACCAAGGUGCCCCGAGUCAAGACCACUCCACGAGAAAGUUCUUUGAGAUGCUUUUGAACAAUUGGAGAUGCUCACAUGCCAUUGCCCCAGAACCUAGCACCAUGAUGUUGUUCCACCUGCUACACCUGAACAUCUACGUUUCCUUGUCCUCACUACAGGAUGUCGAACAGUGGAACCUCCGUCACCGAUGCUUUUACAGCGAUGAAGACAAAGCCAAAUCUUUGUGGCACGCCGGGCAUGUUCUGCGCCUGGCCAAAGAUAUGAGUAUGCUCGCCACGCCCGAAGCACGAGAAUCUGGCACACUUCUGCCACCUCACUUCCCGCAUGCAGUGUUUUUGGCAUCUCUCUGCUUUUGGCGGGUGGAUUACGAGGAGACAAAUGACGACUCCAUGCCAGGGGCUUACAAUAAUGGAAUUACCAGAGGAAAGGAGAUCCAGCUGGGAGAGAGUCUUAUAUCGCGUCAUAGAUCUGGCAUGGCUAGGGUGUACAAAAAGGUGCUCGAGCGACUGCGGUCAGUGGUGUAG